AUGAUGAUUCGUAAGCAAGCCAGGCAACGGAGGGACUAUCUCUACCGGCGUGCCGUCCUACUACGAGAUGCCGAAAUUAGCGAAAAAAGAGCCAAGAUGAGAUCGUCGCUUGCGUCUGGCAGGCCUCUUGAUCCCACUAUUGCAAACGAUAAAUCCUUACGAAAAGACUACCAGUAUGACGAGUCGGCGGAUAAGACGACGGCCGAGGAGCUGGACCUGGAUGACGAAUAUGCCCAGCUCUCUGGCAUUGUCGACCCGCGCAUCCUUGUGACGACGUCGCGCGACCCGUCAGCAAGGCUGGCCGCAUUUGCGAAAGAGAUUCGCCUUCUGCUACCGACCGCGAUCCGCCUGAACCGCGGCAACCUCAUCCUGCCAGAGCUCGUGCGCUCCGCCAAGUCCUCUGGCCUGUCGGACGUGAUUCUGCUGCACGAGCACCGCGGCACGCCGACGGCGCUGACGCUGUCGCACUUUCCUCACGGCCCGACCGUAUCAUUUUCGCUCCACAACGUCGUCCUGCGACACGACAUCCCCGGCAGCGUGCGCGGCACCGUCAGCGAGUCGUACCCGCACCUCAUCUUUGACGGGUUCACGACACCGCUAGGCAAGCGCAUCGUCAAGGUCCUGAAGCAUGUGUUCCCACCGAGGGAGCCGAUCACGAGCAAGAAUAAAAUGGGCAGUCGCGUGGUGACGUUCAAGAACAUUGACGAUAGCAUCGAGGUACGGCAUCACGUGUUUGUGCGGACCGGGUACGACAGCGUGGAGCUGGCAGAGGUCGGCCCGCGGAUGACGAUGCGGCCGUUUGAGAUUCGCGCGGGCACGCUGGAGAACAAGGAUGGUGACGUGGAGUGGCAUCUGUCGCAGUACACGCGGACGGCGAAGAAGAAGAAUUAUCUAUGA